AUGGCGCAGGUCAUCGACGGCGAGGCCAUCGCCGCCGACAUCCGCCGCGAGGUCACGGCCGAGGUCGCCGCGCUGUCCUCUGCCAACAGCAUCGUGCCGGGGCUGGCGGUGGUGACCGUGGGGAGCUGGAAGAACUCGCGGACCUACGCCGACAUGAAGUGCAACGCCUGCGCCGACGUCGGCAUCCGCUCGCUCCUCGUCGACCUCCCCGAGGACACCUCCGAGGCCGCGCUCGUCGCCGAGGUCCACCGCCUCAACGCCGACCCCGCCGUCCACGGUAUGCGCAUGCCGCCUCUCCUCCUUGCUUGA